UCGGGCGUUCCGAAUCCACUAACCGGAUGGAAAGCCGCAUUUGAACGGGUCGCGACUUUUACCACUCGUUUGAUCAAACGAAAAACCAGUGCGACGACCCUCUUCUGCGCGAUCGCGGAUCCGGUGGUUCUCAAUCCACCGACAUCAAACCGGAAGCGGGAUACAAUCCGAGCGGCGGCUACCGUGUUCCAAGAUCUGCGACCGAUGCCCGAUUCAAGUCUGACCAAUCGGGAAGUGUCUAGCACUCUGUCGGCUAGCCAAUUUUUGUGGAAGUUGAGUGAAAAAUGGACCCGAAUGGAUACCAAUCCCGACCCUUUGCCACUACCGCAACGUCUAGCUCCGGAAGGCCGUAUGUCACAGGGACAUAUGCCCACGACGAGUGGACAAGGGACGGAUCAGACACACAAUUCCCAGACGGCCAAGUAG